ACGAUUGUUUCUCUGUAAAUAGAGCGCCGAUCUUAUGCAGGCAUGGUCGCACAGCUGCUACCCCGACUUACUCAGCUGAAGAGCGAUUUGUCGCCAUCCAAAAGCAAAACGCAUCUCUUUUCCUCAAAAACAUAACUGAGCUAUGCUUUUACUUCACAUUUUGUCGCCAUGGAUAGACUGCGUCCUGGAGACGUGAGUCCCACGGCGACACUACCGGAUGACUACCGCGCAACACACGACGUCUCACCCAUAUCGCCUGUUAUCGAAUCGCGGCUAUCCAAGCGUAGCGUGAGCCGGAGAUGGCGAACACUUCCAAACGAAUACUUUGACGUGUCUCCUCAGACACCUGUCCCUGAGCAUCACGAUUGGCUAGUAACUUCAGAUGCACAGCCAGUUUCUACUCAUUCUCAUAGUUCAACUCCGUGUGCCCGUCAAAGAUGGCCCAAAGAAGUUGGUUCCAGGGAAAUUCCGCGAAUUCCCUUACAGGAUCCAACACAAACAAUACCUGAGGAGGAAUAUUCAUUAAGUCUUGACUCAUUACAGGAAUUGGUUUUAGAGGAUGGUGACGACCGGGAGAAAUCGCCCAAACCCCCCACGGCCACUGCUACAGGCCUGUCAGAAGUCACUAAUUUCUCACCAAUCCAACGCAGUUACUGGAGUCCUGUAUGGUUUCAGGACCAUUUGCUGAUCGGUUUAGGUGUCGCUUUCGCCAUCAUGGCCGUUGCCAUUCUUGCUCUAUACCUUGUAUCUUCGAGAGUUCUUGGGCUAGGACCUUCCGCUGGGCCUGCGGGUCUAGUAUAUUUAUGGAAAUAUAUUCCUACGGCAGCAAUUGCCGGCUUAUUGGCUCUGUGGAACAAUGUCGACUUCACUGCCAGGCUUCUACAACCGUGGACAAAUUUAAAAGAUGGACCGGCUUCCGCUGAGCGGUCAAUUUUCCUUGACUUAAUUUCCACGACAUGGCUUUGGCCGAGUACUUUCAAAAUUGCGGCGGAAACCUGGAGUACUGUGCCCAUGUUCACAAUUCUUGGUGUUAUCUUGCUCAAUGUCGUUAUGGUUCUUUCGACUGCCCUACUUCAGGUGGAGAUAACUAGCAUGGUGAUUGAUGGUGAGCAGUCACUUGCAGAUACAUUAAAUGACAAGGACGACAAGAUCGAGGUCAGGAUAGGCGCAGCAGCGCCAGUUAUCACUUUACUACUAGCAUGUCUUGGGCUCUCCAUCGUCGUUUUGUUCAAGCGAUCAUAUGAAGUCGUACCUCGAGACCCCAGGAGUAUUGGGUCAAUUGCUCUUCUCCUGCAAUGUAGCCCCGAAUUGAGUCAACAUUUUCGGUCGAGCUUCGAGCAUUUACGAUAUCAUUUACAGCACGAGCGAUUCAUGACUACGGUGCCAAAAACGUCAGGAUUUCAAUUUGCGAUUGUUAGAGAGGCGAUGAACCCAACAUUUCAGCCUGCCAACCGUGGUGCACAAAAAAGUGACAACCCGACUUGGUGGCAACCCGUGCCACUCAGAUUUUGGUAUAGGGUCAUCGCGAUCGUAUUUCCACUUCUUUUAAUUGGUGCUUUGGAAGGUGUGCAGCAAGUAUCGAACAGGUCUGGUGGUAUUGUGUCAGUGACCUCACCGAACACUGCACACUAUGCUUUCACCAUAAUCCCAGCAAUAGUCAUGUGGAGCGUUGGCGUGAUUUACGCUUCUCUCAAUUUCAACACAGUCCUACUUGCGCCUUAUUACGCGCUGGCGAAAGGAUCACCAGCUGACCGCAGCCUGUUCAACCGGGACUUGGGUCGGCUGCCGGUGAUGCAGCUGAUGACUUCGCUGAGGCAAGGGCGCAUAACGACUGCCUGUACAGCAUUGUCCGCGACCAUUGGCCCCUGGCUCACUAUCGUUGUCUCUGGGCUUUACUCUGCUGUGCCCAUCAAAGGCGAAUCAAGGAUUGUCCAGAAUAAUGCGCCGAAACUCGCACUUCAAGUUCUUCUAGGUGUGAUGGCGCUGUGUGUAACUAUAUCGUGGUUAAGCAUGCAGACAAGUGGACUUCUACCACAUUGUCCGUGCAGUAUUGCGGGAGUGGCAGCGCUACUGGCUGGCGGUGGGUUAUGGAAAGGGCCGGAGGAGGAACGGAGAGACGUGGAUAUACCAAGAGGGAUGGAGUGGAUGAGUGACGAUGAGCUGAAAAAAGACGGUUUAUGGAACGACACGGUGUUUGGCUUGGGUUGGUGGCCAGAUGGAAGGUAUGGGAUUGAUGCUGGAGGCCGUAUUGAUGAAGGUUAGCAUUCAGAUUGGAUUUACACAGGCUAACCCGCACAUUUCAAAUUGCCUCAACAAGACUUGUGCUCAGUUGAACAGUAUUAUUCACACUCAAAACAUC